CGACCACACUGGCUCACUGCGACUCAUCACCAUCAAGCCAAUGGCGGCCCAGCCCACAUACUCCUACCCAUCCUCCUCCAGUCACAGCCAGGACUCAGUCGUCCUCAACGGGGAGGCAAACAUGGGGCUCAAGCAGAAAACCGACAUCGAACACUACAGGAACAAAGUACGCCAGAAAGCCAAGAGAAAAGGCUACUGUGAUUUCCCCAUCACAGACAAUGGCAUCCACCCAUUCAACCCCAGAGAGAGGCACAGUAGGCCUGAGAUGGCAAAGGAGCCAAUGACUGCUGAGGAGAAGAGGGCCUCCUAUGCAGGAUGCCACAUCAGGAGGCACCCCCCGUCGAGAGAGCCAGCCUACUGGAGCCGUCAGUCCCUGGUCGCCAGCAGCCCUAGCCCCGUGGAGACGGAGAUGGACCUGCUGGUCCUCAGGGAGAGGUCCAGGAGAGGCAUCCGCAACAGCGGUUAUGACGCAGAGCCAGAGACGUUCCAGGAGACCAACGUGGACCGACUGAUGUGCUCCCUGGGUUAUGGUGGAAGCCAUCAGGUCAAAGGUCUCUCGGACUCGUCCACUCUGAGCUCUCAGCCCUCCAUCGACGAGGUCCGGCAGCAGAUGCAUAUCCUGCUGGGUAAUGCCUUUGGGCUGGCCCCAGACGAGCCCUCGCCUGCCAGCCACCACCACCACCACCACCCUCACCCCCACCUCCACAGUUCCUACAAUCCCAGCCACACUAGCGCUUACUCCGAGGGGGUGACCAGCGCCCCUGGCACCAUGAACCAUCCAUGCGGAGGAGGCCACCAGCGCGGGUCUGCCUACGGGCCGGAGAUCCACCAGUGUAGCUUACCCAAACCUGGCUUCAGGUUCACUCAGCUUCCUGACAUGGGCGUUGGACCGCCACCUCCUCUGAUACCCUCCAGGCCUGGACCCCCAACCGGGACCUCAAUGAGGCUUUCUUCACCCGAUGUCAGCCUGAAGCCUCGUGUUUCCGAGGCCUCUGAGAUGCAGAGUCAGCACAAUGGUGCCCCCUAUCUGCUUAUCAACAGAGCGCCCUUCCCUGCUGUUACUGUUGACCAGUCCAUGACCAGUUACUCAGGAAACCCAAUGACAGGAGUCUACGCCAUAUCAGCCAACCGCCCUGGUUACUCAGACUACUUUGUCAUGCCUCCACCAGCGUCGUAUGGAAGCCCAUCCUGGAUGUCCUACCCACCAGAACCCGAGGACAUCCCACACCAGUGGAAUGAUACUGUAAAUACUAAUCCGUGUCAUUUAGAAACCAUUUGUUGAGAUUACAUGGUCUUUGGAGCUGAGUGGAGACAGCAUAUAUUUCGGUGUCCUUUUGGUUAGGCAGUAGGGCCUCCCUCCCUCACAUUGAGUACCCCUGGACUCGAGCACCCCGCCCUGCCCUUCACCCCUGGCUCUGGCUACUGGCCCCUGGCCUUCCUCCUCAGCCCAGCCAGGCCCUCUCUGCUCUGCUCUCUGAGCCCCAGGUCUCCCAGACCUCACAGCCUCCAUGUCAACUGCCACCAGCCAGCAGAGGAUGGCCUAGACUACAGUACAGCAGCACUAUCCCUCAUGGUAGUGCCACAUACAUCCUCUACCCUGGUCCACACCAUCCAACGACAGGGCUGGCAAAGCUGGUCUAACUAACUGUGCUUUUUGAUUAUCCAAAUUCCUUAAUGGACAGAAGAGUUGUACCUACUACUGGUGGUUUGUGUGUAUUUAAAAAACUAACUUAGUCUCUCAGUUUCAGUUGUUGGAUAUUUGUGUGCUUUGUCGUUUACUUUCAUGCUUUACUUCUUUUUAAAAGGGGAAAAUAAUUUAGUGAGUGUAUGUUGUGCGCUCACCUUAUUAAAAGGCCCAACAAAAAAAAAAAACGUGCGAAGAAAGGCUUUGGUGUGAGUGGCUAUGUCAUUCUGUAUUUUUAAAAUGUACUCAUGACCUUUACCCAAUCAGAUUACAGUAAAAAAAAAACAACGGUCACCUGUUCUGUCAUUCAUAUGUUCAUGAAGUUUGUCUACUGACCAUGAUUAUGAAAAGAUGGAUAGAGGCGUAUAUUGCUGCACACAAAUGAUCUUACGAUGGUUCCUCACGUGUUACGGUUUUGUAUUCGGAAAUGUUGACUUAUAUUGGGUCCUAUCCGUUCACUGGACAGAGUGGUAAAGAAGAUGGGUGUCGGAUGGGCCACAGGUGUGUUGAUUAAAUAUAUUAUGUAACGUGAUGACAUGAAUUAUUGACGAGACUUCUGCCAGCCGUGAGAGACAAGAGAGAGCGAGAGAUUUUCUUGUAUAUUUUGACACCAUUUUCUUUAGACAUGUUGACUUGCUUUACUGCAUUUUUGAAUUUGAAGGAUGGUCAGAUUGCUUUCAAUCCUAUUUUCUAAUUUGUCAAAGGGUACCAACACAGGAUCACAUAGUGUAAAACAAAUACCACAUUUCGAAUGUAUUCAUGUCGGUGCAUAUGCUGGUAUAUGCACAAUUACUCACUCGGUCAUAACAUAAGCAAAAUGAUGGAUAAUUCUAUGUUUUACUAGUAUUUACUGAGUUUCCAGAAUCUCAAAACAAGGAAAACGUGAUGGCUAGGGCCCUUUACCAUGUACUGUACAUGCUACGAGUUCAGUUCAUCAGUGCACCAAAAGAUGUUACCAGACUUGGCGAUGUGUAUUACUGCGCUGAUAUUGCAUAUCUGAUAAUGACGUAGCAUUGGAAAAGCGUUCACACUUUGAAAUAGUAACAGAAUAAGGUCUAAUCAAUGUGAUAUAAUAGGAAAUAGAAAAUACAGUUUGGUCUAUCACAAUGUAGGUACGACAUUAGUUUAGUAUGGAUUAGAUGAACAUAGCACUUUCUUAGAUUACCUGGCCCUACAAAACUGCAGUAUCAAUGCGAAUACUUUGUUAAAGCAUGCAAUAUUCAUAUUUGAAAUAUUAGAUUUUUUAAAAACAAAUUAUUUGAGUCAUACUCAAUGAUAAUGGAGCAAAUGCAAAGUCAGUAUCUAGUCCAUUUGUUUGACUGGGUAGGUGUCUUUAAAUGGAUCUCAACUGUUGCUACCCAGUUUGACAAAUGUUAUUUUACUAUUUUUCUACAAAAUUAUGAAUCAAUUAUUUUGGGAGAUGUAGUUCCAAAAGGUUAAGCGUAAUAUUCCAAAGGAAAUAUGAUGACAUUUUAAAAAGCUGAAACGCAAAUACCUUUUGAGAAUCUAUAUGAUUUGCUCUGUAAUACUACAUCCCUUUUCACCUCUACUCAUACAUUUGUAAAAAUUCCUCUUCCAGAUUUAUUCACAGUAAAGUUUCACUCAACAAUGUGGUUGAGACUUGAAAAGGAAUCAUAAUGUAGCCUAUACAUUUAACAUCUUGGCCUUUGUCAAGCACAAACAAUUUGGUUGGUGCUUGGAAUCAUCAUCAUUAUCACUUGUAUCGCUAAAAGACAAAAGGUACUCCCAUUUGGCUAAAAUAAAAUCAUUGGUAUGUUCAGUUACCCAUAUUUCAAGCUAAUGAAUGGAAAAUAUGAUUGAUUAAYACAGUCAAAGGGAACAUAAUGAAUGAGUUGACACAAGUUGAUGUACUGUUGAUGCGUCUUUUAUCAGACACAUUUCUGAGAUGGAAUGUGAUUAUAGGCCCCUGAGGUGUCGGAAGGCACAGCAGUUUGAAUCAUGUCAUGCAGAAUGCAGUUGGAUGUAGUUAUGCAGAAUUUGGGUGAAAUAAAAAACAAUACA